AUGGCGUCAUCGCACCUUUCCUCCGCCGUUACCUCCUUCAAUAUGUCGCAGCCUCAAUGGAAAUCACCUCUCGAAGGAUACGAGAAUUUGCCGCCCCUGCCUGACACCAUCAACCCCGAUGGAAAGUCGCUGUACAAUCCACCCACUGACAAGCUCUCGGACGCCUAUGCCAACUUCCAAAAGCCGAUAGAUUCGUCGAAUAAUGGGUUUGACUUUCAUAUUUACUACAGAACUGAAGAUGAAGCAGAGACCAAGUUUGCGAGGGAACUUCAUGAAAGGAUAAGACGAGAGUUUCCCGAGAUCCGGAUAUACAAGUUCUGGGAUCGUGCUGUCGUGUUCUGA